AUGUUCGGCCGAAACAAUGCGUGGAAUCCAGACGAAGACAUACCCAAUCUGGACGGGAGAAUCAUCCUGGUCACCGGGGGGUCCUCCGGCUUGGGGCUAGAGACAGUCCGCCAACUCGCGAGGCAUCACCCUACACGCAUCUACGUGGCCGGCAGGUCCCAGGAGCGGGGCGAGACGGCCAUCCGGAUGGUGAAGGACACCGUCACCACCACCACGGACCUGCGCUUCCUCCCCAUGGACCUGGCAUCGUUCCAGAGCGUCAAGUCCGCCGUGGCAUCGUUCCUGCAAAGCGAGACCCGGCUCGAUCUCCUCGUCAACAACGCCGGCCUCGUCUUCGCCGCGCCGCGCCUGACCAGCGACGGGUACGAAGUGCAAUUCGGCACCAACUUUAUGGGCCACGCCCUGCUGACGCGGCUGCUGCUCCCCGUUCUUCGCGCCACGGCCAGCACGGAGGCCGACGUGCGCGUCGUCACCGUCGCCUCGGCAGCCGAGGCCCACGCCGGCAAGACGACCUACGCCUUCGAUCGGUACAGAACCACCAUGGCGGCCGAGAGCACGCACGCGCGCCACUGCCUGUCCAAGCUGGCGCUGGUUCACUUCGCCGCCGCCGCCGCCCAGCGCUACCCCGACGUGAGGUUUGUCACGGUCCAUCCCGGCGCCGUGCGCACCACUGUCGGCAAGGACUGGCAUGUUGGCGCCCUGUUUCUGCUGUUCAUACGCACCUGGAUCCUCCUGUUUGCCGCGCCGGUCCAAGACGGCGCGCUCAACCAGCUCUGGGCGUCGGCCAGCCCGGACGCCGUCAGUGGUGAGUUCUACCAUCCCGUGGGCGUGCCUGGCAAAGGGUCGCCGAGGAGCCGGGAUGCCGCGUUGAGGGAGCGCCUCUGGAGUUGGACCGACAAGGAGCUCCAGCAGCACCUCUAG